GGUGAAUUUCCAUGCGAAUUUCGUCGCGCGAGCUCGAGUUAAUUUACUCAAAUUUAUCUGCAUUUGAGGGUUUCAUUUCAUUUUAAUUUGAAGACGUUUCGAGAAAGAGCUCUCUCUCUCUCUCUCUCUCUCUCGAUCAGAACGGCGAGUUUGUCCAACUGAAAAAUGUUGAUCGGAGCUCUUUGUUUGGGGUCGUCUUCGCGAUUCUCUCGUGGUUGUCGCUUGGUCUUCGAGGUGUCUUUCGUUUCUGGUCUUGGUUUCAGUUUAUACUUCUCAGAUCGGUGAAGAUUUUUGUAGAGCUUGUGUGUUUUUCUGUAGAUCUGUGGGCAAUGGGGUUCUCUAUCGUGUCUUAGCUUGUCUGCGUCUCCAGGUUCUGGAAAUCGGUGGAUUUCCAGUUAAUCGAAGUAUGUGCGGUGGACCGGAGCAGUUAAAGUCCACGUCGUCGUCGCCACCUCCAUCUUCCGAAGAAAGCAAACCCACCAUUAAAAGCAUGAAUCACCUGACUGUAGAAACCGAAGAUUCUUUUUCAAGUUUACUUGAGCUUGCAGCCAACAAUGACCUCGAAGGUUUUAAGCGUUCGUUAGAGCGUGAUGCCUCUGCUGUUGACGAGAUUGGUCUCUGGUAUGGCCGCCAGAAGGGUUCCAAACAGAUGGUACUUGAGCACAGAACUCCAUUAAUGGUUGCUGCAACUUAUGGUAGUAUUGAUGUCUUGAAGCUAAUCCUUACUCUAUCCGAGGCUGAUGUAAAUCGUUCUUGCGGCCCUGAUAAGAGCACUGCCCUCCACUGUGCAGCCUCUGGGGGAUCUGUAAACGCCUUAGAUGUUGUCAAAUUACUUCUGAUGUCUGGUGCAGAUCCAAAUUCAGUGGAUGCAAAUGGCCGCAGACCUGCUGAUGUUAUCGUUGUUUCUCCGAAGCUCCCCAACAUGAAGAUUGCUUUGGAGGAACUUCUCAGUAGCAAUGGUUCGAGUAUUCCCAUGGACGAGGAGAGUCUACGUGUCUCGAUAAACACAUCUAAUUCCAAUUCACCCCCUUUGUCAUCAUCGCCGGACAAUGGAUCUCCAUCAUCUCCAUCAGAUUCAACUUCUUCUCCGACGACAAUGAAGUUGAGCGAUCUUCCUGCUUCAACCUCAGAGAAGAAAGAGUACCCUAUUGAUCCAUCUCUUCCGGAUAUCAAGAACAGCAUCUAUGCAACGGAUGAGUUCCGCAUGUUCUCUUUCAAGGUCCGACCUUGUUCCCGAGCAUAUUCUCAUGAUUGGACCGAGUGUCCGUUUGUUCACCCUGGUGAAAACGCUCGCAGGAGAGACCCUAGGAAGUUUCAUUACAGCUGUGUUCCUUGCCCUGAUUUCAGAAAAGGGGCAUGCAGACGCGGAGAUAUGUGUGAAUAUGCACAUGGAGUCUUCGAGUGCUGGCUUCACCCGGCGCAGUACAGGACUCGACUCUGCAAGGACGGCACAAAUUGCAUGAGGCGUGUCUGUUUCUUUGCCCACACAGCUGAGGAGAUGCGCCCCCUGUACGUCUCCACGGGCUCUGCUGUUCCUUCUCCUCGCUCAACUGCUUCAGCUGCUACUGCCAUGGAGAUGGCUGCUGCCAUGAGCCUCUUGCCUGGUUCACCCUCUUCAGUUUCUGUUAUGUCACCGUCCCCUUUCACACCACCCAUGUCUCCGUCUGGUAAUGGCAUUAACCACUCAUCCUUGGCCUGGCCACAGCCCAACGUCCCAACCCUGCUUCUUCCUGGUAGUAGUCUUCAAUCUAGUCGCCUGAGAUCUUCUCUCAAUGCAAGAGACAUCCCAGCGGAGGACUUGAACUUGUUGCAGGAUUUUGAAGCCCAGCAGCAGCAACUCCUUAAUGAACUAUCCUGUUAUUCGCAGCCACGCCUCGGUACUUCCUCGGUGAACCGAUCUGGUCGAUCCAAGGCCCUAACUCCUUCCAAUCUGGAAGAGCUUUUUACCGCAGAAAUAUCAUCAUCUCCUCGGUAUUCGGAUCAGGCUUCAACUGUUUUCUCCCCGUCUCACAAGUCAGCUGUAUUGAACCAGUUCCAGCAACAGCAGAGCAUGUUAUCGCCGAUCAACACAAGCAUGUUCUCCCCAAAGAACGUUGACCAUCCCCUCUUGCAAGCACCCUUUGGAGUUCCUUCUCCGGGAAGGUCACCUCGGGGUGUGGAGCCUCUCUCUCCAAUGAGCUCACGACUAUCUGCAUUUGCUCAACGUGAGAAGCAGCAUCAACUACGCAGCCUUAGCUCUCGAGAGCUUGGAUCCGGUGUAAAUGGUGUCGUUGGAUCUCCCGUGAAUUCUUGGACCAAAUGGGGUUCACCAAAUGGGAAAUUGGAUUGGGCUGUUCAUGGAGACGAACUGGGGCAGUUCAAGAGAUCAUCUUCCUUCGAAUUAGGCACCAAUGGAGAGGAGCCCGAUUUGUCAUGGGUUCAGUCGUUGGUGAAGGAAUCACCACCUGAGAUCAAAGAGAAGCUAGCUAUUCCAACCUCGGCCACAGCUGCAUCUUCUUCUGAGGCUUCGAAAUCGAACUCUCAGGUUGAAGCCAUUGAUCACUCUGUUUUGGGAGCUUGGCUGGAACAGAUGCAGCUAGAUCAGCUUGUAGCUUAGUAAAAAUGAAAUUUUUACUGAGCCAUGUGGUUAGUAAAACAGGAAUCGAUUUUAGUAAAUAAUAUAAUAUUUUUUUGGGUUUGUUGGUGGAGAGGUACGAGGUAAGGGUAACAGCGAAGGAGGGGAGGAGGGCACAAGAAAGUAAGAAAAAAAGAUUUCAGUAAGAAAAUUCAUUUUCACCAUUUAUUACAGGUUAUAACAGAAGCCAGAAAGGUGAAAAAAAAAGGCUCUAUCUGGGUUAAAUAUUUCAAUGACCCAGCCCAGGUUAGGUAAAACGUUUUUACUCAAUAUGGUGGAAAUUUAGUUCUUUUUUUUCCGUUUUUAUUAACCUUUUCUUCUUGAAAAGAGCCUCUUAUGUUUCAUCAAAAAAUGGAACAAAAAUGCUUUUUCCUCGUUGUCUUUUUAAUUUUUUUAACAUUUUCCCUUCAUUAAUUUAUUUAUCUUUUGCAAAUUAGUAUCUUGGGAUGAACAGCAAAUGUGGUGGUGGGGGUUAAUGGGGGGUAAUUUUUUUUCCUGUUUUGAGGGCAUUCAGUGUAAUAUUCGAGCAGAAAUCAACAAUGCCGAGGUGCCCCAUUAAAGAAAGAAUUGUAUGGUCAUUCGAUUAUGUAAUAUUGAAUUGAAGUUUUAUUACUAUUGUUAUUA